AAUUACUAAUUUGGUCGAUAUUGUAUGGUUUAAAUUCCAGAGCAUCUGAACGGGAGUUUAAGAUCGAGAGCGAAAAAAAAAGGUGCGCACACACGAUGUAUUGGCCAUUCUAGUAUUAAUCGUUCACCCGCGACGACCCAAUAAUAAUAAAGGUGUUCUCGGAAUUUUGAAAUCACAGUCAUUUGGCACAAAACCUGGAUACCGUGUGAUAUAAAAAGUUCAAAAUCAACUGACAAUAAUUAGUUGAUAUCUGUAUUUCUGUUUGUGGAUUUCGUCUUGAGAAUAAAAUCUGAAACAUGUCCGAGAAAGAUGCCAAGCUCGAAAGUGCACCUACGUAUACAGGGGAAGAGCCCCCUUCAUAUGACUCUAUUUUUGGGAAAAUCAAACAUGCUAAGGAAACCUCAGAUGGCAAUGUGGGCUUUGCCAAGGCUGCAGCAGGGAUAUUAUGUGCGUCAGUGGGCUGUACGGUGUGCCUGGGGGUUACGAUGGCUAUCCCCAUAGCAAGUAUCGUCAUCGGUGCUUUGUACCUGGAUGAUUGCCCUAUACAGAAGUACAUUCCCAUUUAUCUGGUUGUUGCCGGCGCAGUUGGUCUCUGCCAAAAUCUAUUUGGAAUGAUUCAGUCUAUUUGUUGCAAGAGGAGCCCGGAUGAUGAACAAGAAGAGCAAGGAGCGGGGGCCAAAUUAGGGUCCUGUAUUAACUCUCUUUGCGGAUGCUUUAUGUUUGCCUGGUUUAUUGCUGGAAACGUUUGGGUUUACAGUAAAUACGAUGUAGUACAGACUACAAACUCUGCUCUAACCAAUUAUUGUCACGCUACGCCCUACUACUUUGCAUUUUGGACAAUUACGGUGGCUUAUAUCAUGGUUGGAGUCGCCAUUCUGGUCUCGUGUUGCUGUUGCAUAGCGUGUUGCUUUUGUGCCAAAAAGUCAGAUUCAUAAGCACCAACUUGUAAAUAUUUUUAUUAAAAUGUUUAGGAAAAAAGACUCUUAUUCUCAUGAAGAUGGUUGGUUAUACUAUUUAUUGUUGAACAUAUUUAGACUAGAGUGUACAUUUGAGGAUGAAAGAUCAUUGUCAAAACA